UACUUGAGCUCUUGACAUCCUCCGUCUGCAAAACACAAUCGCUUGUGAGCUUCCAUCGAGUGAAGAUGUCCGCCACGGUCUCCACCAGAUUUAGUGCACGGACCAAAGCUACGGAAAGAGUCUCUAGAUAUCGCAAUGAUUUGGAUCGCACACCAUCUUACGGGGUAGGAGACGUUUCCAGCUCUGUCACCUUCCGGAUUCCCAUCACGAGAUCCCGGGAAUCCUCCUUGACCCCGUCCUAUCGGAGGGACUCUUUCACUCGAGCGGCUAGUCCAUUGGCGACUCAAAUACGAAGACGCGACUCUUCGCUCAGUGUGACGGCGAGCUCUCCAAGCAUGAAUCGACGCAGCGUGGUUUUGUCCUCUGGAUUGGGCUCUGAAACAGCCAAGUAUAACCGCGAAGUGGCUUUGAAAGAGAUUAGCAAGAGCUUCAACGACGAUUUCAGACAGAAUCAGAUGAAAUAUCAUCAUACCGACCCGAAUGAAAUAGAGGCAGACCGGAUGAACAAGGCCCGAUCCAAAAUUUUGGGUCCGAGCUCAGGGCCCACUGCUUAUUUAGAUGAUCAUUUUGAGCGACGGGCUGCAGUCAGUGACCUAUUUGGCGACACUCAAAAAUUCAGUUCCCGAACGGUGGCGGCCGUGGGCAACCUUUUGGACCGCAACGCGAAGAAAGACAAAAAGGAUUACGCUUGGCGUAAAGACAUUGAAGAUUACGAAAAGAGCUCCGAGUUUGGAUUGCAGCAGAAGCUUCGAAGUUAUGAAAGCCGAAACCGCAAAAGAAGAGAAGAAGAACUUCAACAAAGCAAUCGACGACAAGCCGAGACCAAACCUGCAUCAACCCACUCCAAACCACCCUUGGCACCCGCUGCGAAGUCCCUCAAGAUUGAGCAUGACACGUUUACCAAGCCUUCAAGAAAAAUUGAACCCGUCGUCAAAGCCGAGAAAUCGAUCCCUAUCAAAAUUGAACAGAAAGCUGAAAUCGAGAAAAUGGACACAACCUCAACUGUUCCAACCAAACCCAAGGGAGAUCCAGAAGCAGUGGUAGAGCCAAUGGAGGCCAAAAAGAAGAAGGUCAUCACGACAAAGAAGGUGAAAAAGCCCGCGGGAUCUGGCUCGGAAGAUGCAGUGCUCAAAUCUGUUGAUAACACGGCCUUGAUUGACACCAAGCUGUCAGACUCUGAGGCGAAUGCUCAGACUAAAACCGAGUCGACGUCUGAACCUGUCAAAGCAACAGUCUCUGUCCAAGACGAAAACGUUGCUCCUGACACAACAGAGGGUCCGCCGAAGGAAGCACAGGAGGAGGAGGGCGACGAUGUCCAUGGAACAAAGAAAAUGAGAAGCGAUUUUGACACAAAGAUGGACAGUCUGGCGGCUGAAAUGGAGGCUGGACGGAGUAAGUUGGCCAAGCUGCGGGAGCGGAUACGCAAGGCUAAGGGAGCCAUCAAGGAAGCCGAUGAUGCCAUGGCGAAAACGAUGAAGACUUGAACGUGUAUACUGUAUACUCCAUACUUUAAUUACUUAUUACUUAAAUUCGAAAGCCUUCCUCAAUCAUUAAAAGUCAAAUAUUUAUAAGA